UGGUUGUUUUUCCGUUGAGAUGGCGCGCGUGAGGCGCAAAUUUCCGCGGCAAGCAGCAGCACCAGCAGCAAGCUUCGUUAUUAAAUUCCGUCGAUCGAAGACCGAGUCGCGCUAGUUGCGCAUGUUCCCCGAUGCCACCCCAGGAACCGAUCCGGUAGAACAUCCCUUCUGCUCGUAACGAAGGGACACGCCAGGAAUCAUGUCCGACAAGAAGAGCACCGAACAGUACUACACGAGACCCCCGAAGCUUGGCAAAUGGGAGGGUUUCAAAGUGUUCUUAUGGAACUCAGAAACUCAUCAGUUUUUGGGCCGUACAGGUGCCAGUUGGGGAAAAAUUUUAUUAUUUUACAUUCUAUUUUACGCGGCUUUAAUUGGAUUCUUCGCCGCAAUGUUAACGGUAUUUUACCAAACCUUGGAUUCGAAAAAACCGAAAUGGCAACUAGACGAGUCAUUAAUCGGUAGUAACCCGGGAUUAGGAUUUAGACCAAUGCCACCGGACAGUAACGUCGAAAGUACAUUGAUCUGGUAUAAAGUGAGCGACAACAAAAGCGUGUCUCAUUGGACUAACGAAUUAGAAGAGUUUUUAAAAGUCUAUCAAGAUCAAACGCACGCCGUCGAAUGUAAUGGAAAUCGAAAACCGGAAGAGGGUAAAGUGUGCAAGGUCGAAUUCAACAUCGAUCCGUGCAUCCCGUCCAAGAAAUAUAAUUUUAACAGUUACCAAGGCGGGCCGUGCAUCUUUUUAAAAUUGAAUAAAAUUUACAAUUGGGAACCCGAUUAUUAUUCUAGUACUGAUUUACCGAAAAAUAUGCCUGAUGAUUUAAAAAAGCAUAUCGAAACACAAGCUAAUACAGAAAAUAAUCAAACAGUUUGGAUAUCUUGCGAAGGUGAAAAUCCGUCAGAUAAUGAAAAUAUCGGCUCAAUACAAUAUAAACCAGGACGAGGUUUCGGAAGCCAGUAUUUUCCAUUUAAAAAUGUUGAAGGUUAUUUAAGUCCUUUAGUAGCAGUUUAUUUCGAAAAACCAACACGUGGUGUUUUAAUAAAUAUUGAAUGUAAAGCUUGGGCGAAAAACAUACAUCACGAUCGCGUGGAUAAAAGAGGAUCCGUUCAUUUCGAAUUAAUGAUCGAUAACUAGUCUCCAAAAAUCCAAAAAAUAAGAGCCAAGUGAGCUACUGCCAUCUAAAAAAUCCUAAAAAAAUAAUACAGGAGCAAUACACAAUACACUUAAAAAAUAAAAUGGGAAAAUCAACCAUAAAAAACCAGAAAAAAAAAAUACAACGUUACCAUAAAAAUUUCUUUGCGUUUUUUGAUCUGAUGGAAGAAGAUAAUUUUAAAAAUAUUAAAAAAACAACCCAUGGUAGUAGAUGAAAAAGAUCGCAAUGAUCUUAGUUCUAGGAUUAGUUUUUCGAAUUUUCAACGAGGCGUUUCUUGAACUUGAUGAAUUAGUGAUCGGCUUCAGUACCAAAACUAUAAAAUUUAACAAGAAAAGUGAAUAAAUAAUACAAAAAAAUUAAAAUAAGUAAGAACCUUCGUAGAGAACCAGCUCAAGAGAGUGGACGAUUUAAUUUCCAUUCGAUCUCGCCAAUUUUAGCGAAAAUAUCACAGAUAAUAAAAUAAAUGGUAAAAAAACCAAACAUUGUUAAUGGGACUAUGUACUAAAUCUAAAAAUUUGUACGUGCUAUUUAAAGCCCGUACAUUUUUUGUCGUGUGAUAGAUAAAAAAUAACUAUUGUAUCGAAAAAAAAAAAAAAAAUCGGACGUAAAAAUGUUUUUUUAGGUUCUAGUUUGUAAAUAUGUUUUCUUAUGCGAGAUAAUUUGAUAGAUUUUUAAAAAUAAGCAAAAAUAGAUUUUUAUUCGCUUUCAUUUUGCUAUGAUUCUUAUUUCUUUUAUAACACACAGUAAAACAUCUGGUGAUGAUCACAGCAAAGGAAAAAAGAACCACAGGCGCUAAAAUAGACAUCUAAAUCAGCACAAUGCAUAAAAAGUAAAUACAAAAUAUAAAAAAAUAAAAAUAAAUUAAAAUGUUUUACUGCAUGUUGUCAAAAUGUUUAAAACAACACUUAAAAACAACUACAUACUGUUAAAGCUAUAGUAAAUUAAUAAAAAAAAAGAAAAAAUUGUUAAUAGAUAUUAAAUUAACUAAGUGUUAUCUGUCAUACAUAUAGUUUAGUAAGAAUAACUAUUACGAAGUAUCAAAAAAGAGGAAAAGAUUCAUUCAAGUAAAAUUUAAUCCAACAUCUUAAAAAAAAACAGUAGAGGAUUUAAUUUUUUUAUUUAUGUCAUUUACGCUAAAGCAGGAUCGAACAAGUAGUGUAUCACCAAUGAAAAAAAAAUUAAUAAUAAAUAAACGAAUCUCCCGUAUAAUAAAAAUUAAUUAUAACAAUUAUGGAUAAAAAAACAUAAAAAACAUGAUAAAAGUAUAAAUUUUCGUGUGGUCUACAGGUCAUUAGAUAAAAAAUAUCUAUGUUCUUGAUUCUAUUAUUGUGUGCAGAUGCGCGUCGCGCGUACAACAAAUUAUUUCAUGUAUGCUUAACGUAAAAGGUUUUUUAAAAAAUAAAACUUACAAACAAUAA